AGGGAGCGGCCGAUCUGGUGUGUGACGCCUCGAGGGUGGGGCCUCACUAUUAAAAGGGAACAGAGGCGGCGGCGCCGGCCCCAGGCCCCAGCCUCGGCCCAAGGAGGGCCACUUGUGUCUCCUAGACGCCGCGGGGUCGACGUCCUCGGGUCACAGCGGUCACGAUGCAGCUCCUGAUGAGGGUGCCUUCUCUUCCCGAGCGGGGUGAGCUGGACUGCAACAUCUGCUACCGACCCUUCAACCUUGCGGCCCGCGCGCCCCGCCGCCUGCCCGGCACGGCGCGCGCCCGCUGCGGCCACACACUGUGCACCGCUUGCCUGCGCGAGCUGGCGGCGCGGGGAGACGGCAGCCGCACGGCCGCGCGCGUGGUGCGCCUGCGCCGCGCUGUCACGUGCCCGUUCUGCCGCGCGCCUUCCCCGCUCCCGCGCGGCGGCGUCUCGGAGAUCGCGCUAGACCCCGACUUGUGGUCACGGUUGGAGGAAAAAGCGCGGGCUGAGCGUGAACGAGACCCGAUGGGGAGCCCGGCCAAGGAAAGCGCAGACAACGGAGAGGACGACGACGGGGAAGACGGGAGCGAGAAGGGGGCGGGACCUACAAGUGCGGGUUGGCGCGCGCUUCGCAGAAUCGUGGACAGGGUCCUGGCGCCGGUGCGCCGCUUGCGGCGUCCGUUGCCUAGCAAUGUGCUCUACUGUCCAGAGGUCAAGGACAUUGCGCACAUGACCCAUUGCACGCUGUAACCGAAGAACCUGGGAGCUGUGGCAGCAGGCAGGUGGGAGCCACAUCUUCGGGCGUGCUCUGAAAAGGGGUUGAUGUCAAGACUACCCCCACUGAUGCUGGAAUUGGUACGUUCGUGAUGGAGUUGAACAGAAAGUACCCUAGGUGGUGUGAACUUUGAGCAGCGGAGGCUCCUGGACUAUGCCAGCUUAAAUUGUGUUUUGGGUGGAAGUGGCCAACAAAUCAUACCAUAGUGUGGGAAUAAAACAUACAAAGCUAUAGCUUUGGCAUUUAUUCAGGGAGGCUACGGUUUAAGCAACAGAUCCCAUUUUAGCAGUGGCCAGUGGUUGGAAAUGUUUACUUAAAAAAAAAAAAAAAGGCAGGGAUAAGCUAAUUAUGUCAGUCUCACUUAUCUGGUUAUGUGCGUAUGCUGGCGUGCCAUCGUCCCACUCCUUGGCUCCUUGUUCCAGAAAUUACUGAGUUGCCUCCCUGAUUAUGUAUAGUUUCCUUCAGCAUGAUAAGGCAGGUAUGAAAAUGUCCAAGGGGCGUUUCUAUGAGGCCUUAAGUAAGGCUCAUCAGGGAUGGGUGAGCCAUUUGAUAAAGGAAUAAAAAUUUAACCUUUAUCUGUUAUCUUUACAGAGUGUAACAAUACUGAAAGAAAAAAAAAAGAUGUUCACAUAAUUUUAAGUUUGUGUCCCAUAAUGGGACAUUGCUUAUUAUAUGUGACUAGUUCUGUUUUAAAGUCCUGUAAAUAUCUUACUAUAGACUUAACAAGACCAACAGAGUUGGUCUCACAGCUUGCUAUAAGUGCAGAAUUUCAGGACCCCAGUCCACAUUCCCUGACUACGUGUUCAGAAUCCCAGGCGAUCCAUGUGUAAGUUAAAAAGCAAUGGUUCAGCUCUUAGUCACUCUGGGAUGUCAUCAUCAUCAUCUGUGGGUGGAACAAUUAAAACACUAAUGACACCCUACUUCAAAGUUCUAAAGUGACAUUCUAUUGUGGAAGAAAACUUUUUUUUUUCUGAGUUAAAAAUGUGAAUUUACAAUAGACCUCAGUUUUCAGAGGUCUUUAAGAACUUAUUGACAAAUAACAAUGUGUCUAGUUAUAGAGUGUAAGCCUCCUUUUAAAAAAUGUUUUGCCAUUUUCCUGUCCUUAAUUUCAGCUUAAAUGUUCCCUUUUGGAGGCUAGCAUGUAAUGUGCCUUAUUGUCAUAUUUCUGUAUAUGUGCUGUCAAAGUGAAUGCUACAUUUAUUUUCUAAUGUUUUGAGUGUUUCCAUAGAGUGAACUCCAAAUAACCAUCUCCAGAGCCAAUAGCAGUAUUAAUGUAUAAUAUGUACUCCAGAAAUGUUUGCUGAAUGUAUCUAUUUUUAAUGUAAAAGCCGUAAGAAUAAAGUAUCUGGCUCACUCAA